GACUUGGACUGGUUUGGUCGGUCUAGGUUUGAUGAAUUUUUCCUAUUGUUUGGUUGGAUCACAGUGCGAAAACAAUCGGAAGUGAUAAUUUGCUAGAUAUUGAAUAUUUUGCUGGAUAUUGAAUAUUGAAUAUUUUUUUGGAGAUGCCUGUGAUUUGUGGUCCGAAGUGCUCAGCUUGCUGUGCUGUUCUCAGUGGAUGGGGCAUCAUUAUGCUGGCACUUCUUGGAGUAUUUUUCUACAUAAGAUCACCGAUUUUGUCAGAAGAUUUGCCAAUUAAUGAAAAAGAUUGGGAAAAUCGAAAUUUUUCUUAUGGCUACAUAAAAGAUUUGUAUGAACAAAACGCUUUCAAUUGUUGGAUAGCUGCUGGAUUGUAUGCAGUCACAUUUAUAAUAUCAGUCAUCAUGAUAAAGGUUAAUCAGAAACGAAAUUAUGCAUCCACUUAAGUGGAAGUUGACACCUUGUAACAUGUACACAUUUCAACAAUACUUCAUUCUUCUGCAAAACGUUUAUUUAUAUUUAGUAAAUGUUUAUUUAUUACCCAAAAAUCAACUGAAACUAUCUGACUAACAUGAUUUUUCAUAACAUUAUUUGCACAUUGUUCUUAUCCCACCAUUCCGCUAGACGCUCAUGACUAUUGAAGGUCUAACGAGAAUGCACUGUUUACUUGUUUUAUUUAUUCGAUUAUGUGAAAAAACUUAAUGCUGUUUAUUUAUUUAUUUAUUUGAUUUUCAGAUUUUUAUUAUGCAAAUACCUGUCAAAUUU